CAGUUCUCUUCCUCCCCCCCCCCACACACAUGCUGUUGCUGCUGGUGGAGGCUGAACUUCAUCUGCGUGGUGUCUCCCUGAACCACGUUCCGGGUUGCGUCGUAAGAGUCGCUGUGAGGUGGGAGCUCUUGUUCCCUUUCUUCGGGCUGACCUGUCCGUCCUUCCUCGCCCUGCGUGGCUUGUGUUUGAACUCCUUCGGGGAAGACGAGAGGAGGAGUACUUUGCUAUUCAACAGUGAAUCUCAUUGAUUUCAGUAAACAUGGAUGAAUUGCAAGAUGUGCAGUUAACAGAAAUUAAACCUCUCUUAAAUAAUAAGAAUUCAGCUCGAAACUUCCAGGACUUUGACUGUCAAGAGCAUGAUAUAGAGACAGCUUAUGGAGUUGUCCAUGUCACUAUGCGGGGCACUUCAAAAGGCAAUCGUCCUGUCAUCCUAACGUAUCAUGAUAUUGGCCUCAACCAUAAGUCCUGCUUCAACACUUUCUUCAAUUUUGAAGACAUGCAGGAAAUCACACAACACUUUGCUGUAUGCCAUGUUGAUGCACCUGGACAACAAGAGGGGGCUCCUCCUUUCCCUUCUGGAUACCAGUAUCCUAGUACUGAUGAACUCGCUGAAAUGCUUCCCGCUGUUCUUAUGCACCUGAGCCUAAAAAGUGUAAUUGGAAUAGGAGUUGGAGCUGGUGCCUAUAUUCUCAGCAAGUUUGCGUUGAAUCAUCCAGACUUGGUAGAAGGCUUAUUGCUAAUUAAUAUUGAUCCAUGCGCAAAAGGUUGGAUAGAUUGGGCAGCAUCCAAGCUUUCUGGAUGGACAACUAACCUUGUGGAUAUUGUUUUAGCUCACCAUUUUGGCCAUGAAGAACUGCAGGCUAAUCUGGAGCUAAUUCAGACAUACAGACUUCACAUUGCACAAGAUAUCAAUCAGGAAAACCUUCAGCUCUUUGUUACCUCCUAUAACAGUCGCAGAGAUCUGGAUAUUGAAAGACCAAUCUUGGGUAUGAAUGAAGAAGCAGCAAAAACACUCAAGUGCCCUGUCUUAUUGGUAGUUGGAGACAGCUCUCCUGCAGUUGAGGCUGUGGUUGAAUGCAAUUCACGCCUAGAUCCAAUUAAUACCACACUCCUGAAGAUGGCAGAUUGUGGGGGAUUGCCCCAAGUUGUUCAGCCUGGGAAGCUAACUGAAGCUUUCAAAUACUUUGUUCAAGGAAUGGGUUACAUCCCUUACAUGCAACUCAGUCACCUGAACACUGAGUCAGUGCCAUCUGCAAGUAUGACCAGAUUGAUCCGUUCCCGGACCCAGUCAUCUUCAAGUGUAGGUUCUGGAGAAAGCACUCAAUCACGGUUUCAAGCUAACCACCUAAGGGAGGUGAACAUGGGAAUACCUGAAACUACUGAAGUCCACGGCAAUCCUCAGACUAUGGAAGUAUCCUGCUAAGCAAGCAUGAGAAUCCAGACCAUUCCUUUUCUCUCUUCUGCACCCAUCCAACAAAUGGCAUUAAAAAAUUUUCCCCCUCAUUAUGCCUGCUAGCUUUUCACCUGUCUCUUUGGUGUUAUAUUUAGUUAUCUUUGUACAGAAACUUUAGCUGCCUACAGAUGUACUGAACAAUAGCUGCUGGAGGUACAGGAGUGAUUUUUGAGCUCUGAUACUUUUUUGCAGGCUCUAGAUCAAAAGCUGGGUCUCUCUUUUUGCCUUUUUCCCCUCCCUCCAGGGAAACUGCACAUUUUGUUUUAAUUCCUUCCACCUCUCCAUCACACCUUCAUAUUUAUCUGCUUGAAAUACUUGGUGCUCUUUAAAAGAUGUUCCCUGGUGUGGUGGUGGUGGUUUUGAUUUCUUGAAAAUGGCUGUUUGGUUCAGCCAGUUGAUUCUAUGUGCAGAACCUUGCUUUGUAACAUGCAAGGGAAAGAAAUACUUUCAUGGAUGAUGCAAGGGCUUGCUAAUUAACGCUGUAUAAAUCCAAAUCUAGCUUGUUCUCAGUUAAAUAUGACAAAAUAAUGUGUGUGUCAUAAAUGUGGUAAAUGCGCUUCCACAGUGGGCUUGCCACUGAAAUUGUAUACAUCUGUAUGCGUCCAUUAACUACUAACUUCCAUUGGUGCUAGGCAAGAUGAAGAUGUCUUCAUUUCCCCUGGCCUCCUAUGCUAUCCGAUCAUUUGAAAACAGUGAGUCUCUCCUGUCUUCUUGAAAUCCAGAUGAUCAUUUUUGUGGUUUUUUGACUUGGAAUUGCUUUCUAGUGUGCUUCUGCUAAAAGGCGUUAAAGCUUUUGACUGUGGUCCUAACAAUAUCUUUGGAGUUCUGAUUGGAGAGGACAUCUUUGAUUCAGAACUCCAACAGUGGAUCUAUUUAUGGUCUAACUCUUGAGAUCAUAACAUAAUAUAUGAGUUGUACAAGAGUUCUAUAUUUCCUAACUGAGCAGGAGAAAGUAAGCUGUUUCCUGUUGGUUAUUCAGAAGCACUUCUCACUAGAACAAUUAGGUUACAAGAAGAAUGAGAUAUUUAGCCCAGUUUAAUUUCCAACAAAGAGGGCAUAUUAUUCAACUGUGUGUAUAAAAUAGGCAAAGUUACAUUAUAGUAGAUUUAGAAAUAGAACCAGAUGAUAUUUAGUAUAAUUCCCAACAUCCUAUACAAUGAGUUUCUGAAGCUGAAAACAAACAAAAAAAA